GCAGAGAGGGACGUGUCCGUCCUGAGGUGUCUGUCCGGCAGCGCCGCGGGCAGAUGGCAGUCGUCAAGCGAAGUUGCUGGGGAAAAAAAACAAGCAAACUUUUUUUUCUCCUUUUUGCGUUUUCAGUUCCGUGCUCUGUGUUACGAAUCAGUGUGGCCUCCCAGCCCGGUUUGUCUUUGCUCUGGAUGCCGCCGUCUUCCCAGAGCAGACGGACGAUUACCUGGGGGGCAGGACCGCAGCGGGACCGGCGCGGUUGUGUCCCUGUCGCGAUGGAAGCGCCUUUUGCGCUCCCGAUGUUCCCUGGAGCAUCCCUUCUGAGAAGUCUCCAUUUACCCCUCCCAUGCCUUCACCAUCCUCCAGGGCUCUCAUCGAGAAAGUGCUUCUAUCCCUAACUACUUACCAUUUUUUGUUUCCAAGUCAUAGCUUCAGCUGAGCACCUGGUUUUCUUGCUUGUCUCUUAAAAAAACAAAAAAACAUUGCUGACCACAAUUUUCCCCCUUCAGAAGUGAGGCAAUAAUCAGUCCUAAUGGACUCCCUGAUUUCUUAGACUGGCCAAGCUUGGUGCGAUAGGUUGAUGGCCAAUUUUAAAUGCUUAAAACUGUUGUGAGGGCUCGUUGGAAUUGAAUCGGGUCGUUGUGCAUGGUUUAAAAAAAGCGCGUUCUUGAAUUCCCCUCUGCGAUUUGUGUUUUGACCAGAGUUCUUGAACUUUAAAUUAUUCCUGCAGGUUAAGCAAUUAAUAUUUUAAAAGUAGGCCUUUUAGGAGGCGUUGAGUAUGUACAAAUUGCUUUUCAAGAAUAUCCGUCUAAAUUUCCAUUCAUUUAAAAGCAUUAUAAUAUACUGUGUGGCAAACAAGAGGCUGCAUAAAAUUCUCACUCUUAAAACUAACAAAAGCAAAACCAAAUUGUACAUCAUAUUUGAAGCUGCAAACUGGUUCAACUCUGAAAUUACUUGAUGAUAUUUCUUUUCUGCAUUUUAAUAGAUGAUUGGUAACUUUUUAGAUACAUUUAUUAUUAGGGAUAAAAAAAAAGAAAGGUUGUUCCUUUGCUGGUUUUGCCUUUCUGGGGCCAGGUGAACUUAGUAUAAAACCACAUUAGAAAGUACACAAGUCAUCCAGCAGAGCAAAUGAUUAACUAUUGUGCAGUCUUCUAUGGAAACCUUUCUUUAUGGUGUGUCAGAUCAAGUUUUACCUUUAAAAGCAGAUAAAGGAAAAGUUCUUGAUAGCUUCCUGAAGAAAACACCUAUCAAGUUAUUUACCACUUUGGGACUUGAAGUAUGCGGUAAUCUUUGUGGCUGUGUGGCUCAGCUAUAAGGAGGACUUGUGGAGAAAUGCAAGUACAGUAUACAUGCUAUGCUGGCUGAAGGUGACAGCAUGGCAAGUACAUCGCUAUGUGCUGCUAAUCCAUCAGCGUCUCAGAAUCUUCGGAAAGUGUCUGGUUUUGUAGAAAAUAAAACCACACAGUGCUCGUUUUCCAUUGAAAGUAUUUUGGGACUGGAGCAGAAAAAAGAUGGCAUUCCAGCUGUGAAACCUCACAGACCAUGGAUGGAUGCAUGCACCAACUUGGUUUUAGGUGAUGACAGUAAUCCCCAUCUGCAAAUCCCUGUUGUUUCCUAUGAAAAUCCAUUAUUUCAUGCUAACGGUAAUCCAGUGCAAGAGGAAAAAGUUUUGAAAUGUGAAAGAUAUUUUUCAGUCACUGAAAGGCUUUCUUUCAAACGAGAAUUGAGCUGGUACAGGGGUAGAAGACCAAGAACUGCAUUCACUAGAAACCAGAUUGAAGUCUUGGAAAAUGUUUUUAAAAUGAACUCCUACCCUGGCAUUGAUAUUAGAGAAGAGCUAGCUCGCAAAUUAGAUUUAGAUGAAGACAGGAUCCAGAUUUGGUUCCAGAACCGUCGUGCAAAGCUGAAAAGAUCACACCGAGAAUCUCAGUUUCUGAUGGUGAAAAAUACUUUCACCUCCAGCCUGCUAGAAUAGAAAGAAGGAUGGUUUGCUGUUACGGUACUACAAUAGAACAUGAAGAAUUAUUGGAAUUUUCAUAACUUGUAUUAAGUAAUGAUGAUAUAUUAAUUAUGAUUUUUAU